AUGAGGCCCUUCGCAGUGUUACCGGCGUUAAUAGCAGUCGCGGCGGCACAAGCAGAGUCUUUCUCGUUUGCGACGACGCAGGUGGAAACUUCGUUGGGGAAUGUGGAGCCUACAGCUACGGAGACGCUGUCUGGACCUAUCGAGACGGGAAGAGCGUGUUCGCAGAUCGCACAAUUCGUGGAUGAUAGCAGUUUAGAGUAUCCAAGCGUGGAGGCCGAGCUUGCAUUGGCGUGCCUCAAAUCUGUACCUAUCAUUAAGAGCGCCGCGUCCUUGACCAUCACCUCGUUAAAGCAGAUGCUAGAAUUUCAGUCGACACUUUCGUACCUGAAAAGCCCACCGGAAGGCUAUCCAAAUGACGGCGUAGAUCUCAUGGCAGGUCUGGACGAUAUCGACAGCAAAGUCACCAAUGGCGAUUACGACAACGAGUACGAUUUCGAGAAUGAUAUCGCGGCCCUGCUUGUCAAGGCGCAUGAUGGCCAUCUUUCGUUUGGCGGCAUGGCAUACGGCGGCGCGUUCAGAUGGCGGAGAAACAGGCAGAUAGCGCUCAUGUCGGCAUCAAGUGAUGGCAAGGAAGCGCCCAAGGUUUGGGCUAUUCAAGACUUCAAUCAAACUGGAGCGAGUUUCACACCAUCCGCCAUCACGCAGAUUGACGGGAAGGAUGCGGCACAGUUUCUGGAAGAGGAGAGCUUACUGAACGCGUACCACGACCCCGAUACGAGGUACAACGCAAUGUUUUACAUGCAGCCCGCGGAGAAUUAUGGGUAUUUCACGAAUCCCCGCUUCUACCCAGGCCCCUCGGUAAACAUAACAUUCGAAAACGGGACUUCGAACGAGUUUCAAAAUGCGGCUAUCGUUUUGGAUUCCAAUGCAUGGAGCUAUGUCACGGACGGGGAAAGCUUCUAUGAGACAUUCGUUGUACCGUCGACUAGUUCGAAGAGACUAAAGAGGAGCCCGCACAGUCUGCCGCGUCACUUGGAGAAUCCUAGGGAAGCUGAACUUAGCCGCCGCUACGUUCCUGAAGAGUACCCGACUCCCGUUAUUGAGCACUCGGCGUCUGACGUUCCACUGGCCGGCUACUUCAUCGACACCAGCGCAGGAACAAUUGGUAUCCUCAUGGCACAGACAUUCAACACUGAAAGCAACUCCGACUCGGAGGAAUUCCAAGCUGUUGUUCAGCAAUACAUCGCCGAGGCACAAUCGCGCAAUGUUGCUAAGCACAUCAUCGACCUGCGAACCAACGGCGGCGGCAAGAUCCUGCUCGGCUACGACAUGUACCUGCAAUUUUUCCCGUCUCAAGAGCCACAACUCAUGUCCCGUUGGCGUGGUAACCAGGCCUCCGAGCUCUUCGGCCAGACAAUCUCCUCCAUCUCGAGUCUGACGAGCAGUGAUGGCGAGCUAUAUACUUCGCCUUUCAACUUCCACUCCUACCUCGAUAAGGACAACAACGAAUACACGGCCUGGGGGGACAUGUACCCGCCCUCGGUGUUCAACAGCGACAACUUUACCGACCUGCUGCGGUACAACCUCUCAGACCCGCUGACCACUUCGUCCGAUCGCUACUCUAUUGGCGUCACCAUGACCGGAUACGGCGACCGCUCAAACUUCACAGACGAUCCCUUCAAAGCCGAAGACAUCGUGCUCCUCUCCGACGGCAUCUGCGCUUCCACCUGCUCCCUAUUCACUGAACUUAUGGUCCAGCAAUCCGGCGUAAAAACCCUUGCAGUGGGCGGGCGACCGGGAGCCGGACCAAUGCAGCCCGUCGGCGGCACGAAAGGCUCGCUCGUCUUGCAGUCCGACUACUUAGUCUCCAUAUCAGCCUACGUCAUCCAAUCGUUCGCCUCCAGCCUCGCCGAGGCAAAUCAAUGGGCCGAGUUCCUGCCAAAUCCGUUCGGCAUCAUGGCCACGGACGCGUCCAUCAACUUCCAGGACAACAUCCGCAAGGGCCUCGAGCAAGAUGGCAUCCCCACGCAAUUCCUCAACGACACAGCCAGCUGCAGAAUAUGGUACGAGCCAAGCCACCUGCUCAACGUGACCGCGCUAUGGGACAAGGCCGCCCAAGUAGCAUUCGGCAAGGACGGCGGCCUAGACGAGGACGCCUGCAUCUCCGGCUCGGUAACCAGCGAAGAGGCACAGCAGGGCCAGGGCGAGGGCAAUCCAACAUCGGGAGGCGGCGGAAGCGGCACUACAAGCUCUAGUCCCUCUAGCUCGAAGGGCGCUGCUUCGAGCAUUGCGAGGCCACCACAAGGAAGUUGGACGGCGAUUGUUGUGUGUGGGGCGGUGGUGGUGGGUUCCAUGGCGUUUGGGGCGAGCCUGGUUUGA